GGGAGACAGGCUCAUGGCGGAAGGCAGUUUGAGUCGAUACCUUGUUUGAUCCGUAUCUUCAUCCCGAUGACCGCUUUAAGGCACAUAGGAUGCCGACUUUCCUCCUUCUACUCCUCGGACUAACGGCAGGAUGCGUCAGGACCCAGGAUAGUAGUGAGGGGGUCCCCGCAGUGGUCGCCGCUCCCUUGAAAGGCACUGGCGGGUUCGGCGACCCCUGCGUGGAUAGCUGCAACCCGGACACUCACACCAUCUGUGACAAUAAGACGAAGACGUGCAAGUGUGAUCGCCACCACCCAGUCCCCAUCAACGGCGAAUACUGCGUCAAGCCUGCAUUACUCGGAAAGCCAUGUAUUCACGAAGACCAGUGCCAAUACCACGAUGUUCACACCAUAUGUAUCGAGUACGACGUAAAUUAUACCGAAUGCAAGUGUCGUGAUAAAUACGAGGUCAAGGUCAUCGAAGGUCUGCCCAUUUCAGAUCUAUGCUUCCCAAGCUUAGAAGCCCUGAAGGCAGACGUCCCCACACUACUGGGUCUGGGUCUAGGCAUGUCCGUGUUGUCUGCCCUCAUCUGUCUUGUGCUCAAGAUCUUCGCCCGUGCCCGCUUUGUUCGCCCUCGUCGUUAUGCAGACGCCCGUAUUAACCCACCCCUCACGGUCUCUGGUCAGCUAAGCCGUGAAGGUGAGCGUCGUGCGUGUGCUAAUGCACAUGGUCACAAAGUGUACGCCCGACGUCAGAGUUACCCCCAGCGUCGUGCCUCCACCUUGGGCCCCCACAGUGGUUCCCCCCAACAGCGGCCCUCCCUCCAACCUCUGAGGGUGAUCCCUGAGAACCCAGGGGCAUCUCAUGGGGUGGUCCAAGGGUCACCUGCCAGAGGGGUCCGAUCUACACCCUCCCUGCAGCAGAACUCUCGCGAAACAUACGCAGCCUUUGCCCUGGCCGCCAAUGCCUCCACCAGCAGUAGCCCGGCCAGGGAUAGACACCAUUCCCUGCGCUCUACCAAAUCCGCAUCCUCAUCCCGAAGACCUUCCUACAGCUCCCUCCAUCCCCAUCGUCCAGGCACCAGGAGGUCUUCACAAGCAUCGCUCCGUCUGGUCGCAGGGGAGGGCCGUGGAGAACCGAUUGGAUACUACGUGUGCAUUAGGGAUCCUGCCUCCGUACAUUCUAGAGGAGGCUCCAGGCGCCCAUCUCAGGCUUCUACAGCAUCAAGUUCUGGGGACCUUCGUGAGGGCCGUGUCCAUCAUUAUCUUUAUAUGAGACCCAAUUAUUCCCUAACCUCAGAGGCCACUACCACCACGGGCACCUCAGACUCAUCUCCACGAACUCCCAAAAGUACAGAACAACUGCUGGCUGUGUACCACUCUGUGCCAGAGACUCUUCCUGUUGAACUGAAAACUAAUCAUCUACAACUGGACAAGAAUCUCUCGGAGAAAAAGGUUGUUCACUUCAGGAAAAGUCGCUCACUGCACUCAGUCCUGGAGAUGGGAGGAGUAGGGACAUCCCACACCACCUCCACCCUCGGUACAUCCAGCGAUGACGUGUUCC